AUGCAGACCAAAUCGCUGUUCCUGCUGGCCACCCUGGCCAUGUCGGUGGCCGCAAAGGCUGAUCGCCCUCGCAUCUACUACCCCCACAAGAUCAAGCGCGACUUGGGUGGUUCCAACUCAACCAUCCCCUCUAGCUCAACCACGACGUCGUCGGACUUUGAUGGCAUUCCUGGCCGCUUUGGGCAUCAUCAUCAUCGCACCACCACGAGCUCUACCACCAGCAGCACUUCUACCGACGUCACCUCUACCGGCAGCUCUUCAACCGACGUCUCUUCCACCAGCAGCUCGUCGAGCAGUGUAUCGUCGAGCUCGAGCAGCUCUUCCGAGAGCAGCUCCUCCGAGACCUCCUCUUCGAUCCAGGGCAGUGUGACGACCAUUGUUACGAGGAAAACAGUCAUCGUUACGCCUACUCCCGAAGGCACCGGCAGCAGCAGCUCGCCCACUCCUUUCAAGCCUACCAGAAGCAGCACUCAGUCCGACACGGCACCCUCAGGAACCUCCAGCCAAGCUUCCUCUUCUCAGGCUUCUUCCUCUCAGUCGUCCUCUUCUGACUCGUCGUCUGCUCCGACUUCCGCUCCUGCUGGCACUGGCUCCUCAUCUUCUCAGGGUUCUUCCACCUCUGCUCCUGCCGGAACCAGCUCUUCUGCUGCGCCAUCGUCCUCCUCGAGCAGCGAUGGACUGGGUCUUAGCAUUGGCCUCAGCCUCCCCCUUGGAGGCAAAACGUCCUCUACGACUUCUUCUGCCGCUACUUCUGCCGAGACGACACCUCCUCAGACGACCUCUUCUGACAGCAGUGCUCAGUCCUCUUCCCGUGCUACCUCUAGCAAGGCUAGUGAGACUGGAAUUGUGAUUGAUCCCACUGGCGUCCGCUUCCCUUCGACCACCGCUCCGGCUGAAACUGGGUCUUCCAGUGCUGCUUCUUCCACCAGCAGCGGUGUUCCCGAUAGCAGCUCUUCAGGCAACUCCACCAUCGACAAUGUCAGUUCCACCUCUGCGAAGCCGUCUUCCACUGGUGGUGGUCUUUUGGACCCCAUCAAGUCCAUCCUGGACCCAACAAAGACCUCUGCCACCUCCGCUGCCGAGACGACGGGACCUGCUUCCGAGACUUCUUCUGGCCUGCCAGUCCAGUCAUCUCCCGCUGGCACCGGGUCUACUACGUCUGCUCAGAAGACCACCUCUUCGGACGGAGGCAUUCUUCCUAGCUUGUCCCUGCCCUUGACGCUGCCACCGGUGAUUCCUACUGGAACCUCAUCGUCUCCUGUCUCCAGCUCUGCUCCGGCGACAUCCCAGGAUGGAGCCAACACGACUUCCUCCUCCGCAGGGCCCUCGACUACUCCUAGUCUCAGCAUCCCGCUCUCGAUCUCUAUUCCCACCAUCCCGGUCUCAGUUACUAACUCGGCCACCUCCGCUACGAGCUCUGACGGUUCUGUCGCCAACUCCACCAGCACUGAGCCUCCCGUUACUGGUUCUGCGACUGUUACUGGCCCUCCGGGAGGCACCUCAAGCGCCCCCACCAGCUCAGUGACAGGUUCCCCCGUCGGCAACAGCACCAGCGCCGAUCCAACUGGCCCGAUUACUUCUUCGCCUACCGCUUCAGUUACUGGCUCAGCUACUGGUUCAGUCACCGGCCCUGCCACUGCCUCGGGUACCGCCUCUUCCUCUGCGGUCGAGACCGGUGUCUCGGGCAACAACACAGAGACCUCUGCUCCCGCGACCCAAUCGUCAACCCCGGCAACAUCAGGUGCCGGUGCUACUGCGACAGGCGGUUCGUCAUCCACACUGGUGACUGUCUCGAAAUCUUCCACACCGGUUGUCACCAGCCCUGUUGUCCCGACAUCAACCGCUGAACCCGUCACGAGCAUUCGACCUACUGCCACCUUGACGAACACCGCCGACUGGCUGCCAACAACCAUUGUCAUUGAGCCUACUACAAUGGUCUUCACCCCAGUUACUUCCUCCGAGACUGCCUCUGCCUCGACAGCGCUGCCAACCAAUGUUCCCAAGAUCAUCUACCCCGAUGAUCCCAACACCCCUGCUGCUGAAGGCACUGUCCCGAUCCAGGUUGGAUUCCUGUAUCCUCUCAACUACUUGUUCGUUGCUGGCAACACCGUUGCCGCCGCUCAGAUCUUCAAGUACCUUCCCCAAGCUCUCGCCAACGCUGCUGGCAUCGAUGUGGAGAAGGUCCAGGUUGCCAAGCUUGUUCCUUACGACACCCGAACUCAGUGGGGUUACAUUACCACUCUUGCCAAGAUCAACUACCCCCAGAACCUGAUUGACAAGCUUCAGCUGGACAUGUCGGUUGCCAACUCUCUCAUCUACAACAACCCCGACCCCAUUGUCCGCAACCUGACCGCCUUGAUCAACCCUAAGAUUAACAUCUUCGGCCAAGUUACCGGCGGCGGUUCUACCGAUGGCGGUGAUGGCAGUGGCAGUGGCAGCGGCAGCGGUGGCAACGGUCCUGCCCCUGGCUCCAGCAACAACGACGCCUUUGGCACCAGCAGCACCGAUAGCCAGACCUCUAAGCAAAAGGCCACCACCGCCGGUAUUGCCGUCGGUGCUGUCGGCCUGGGUGCUCUGUAUGGUGGUGCCAUGUUCAUCAUUGCUCGUCGUUACAAGCGUAAGAAGCAGGCUCACCGCCGCAGCAGCUCCCUUGAUGGCAGCCAGCGUUCGUCUGGCAUGCAGUACGCUGGCAACGGAAGCCCUGCCCUCAUGGGCGGUGCUCUGAUGAGCCGCGACAUGUCUAGCUAUGGUGGAACCGGAAUUCGCAACAGCCACAACAGCGGAACGAGCUCUGCUCGAACUGCCAACAUCUCCGCUCCCGUUGCGGCUGAGAACUCCCUUGGCUGGAACUGA